AUGGGCGCGCGGCCCGCCGCCGCGGCUCCCCGCGCUCCCGCGACUUCCAGGAGUUUCACUUCGCGCCCACGCCGCCGCCCGGCGCAGGCUCCUCCCCGGCUCCUCGGCGGCCUCCGCCCCGCCGCCUCCUCUGCGCCCGCGCGCGCCGCCCCGGGCAGGACGCCCACGGCCUUAUAUGGGCAGCCGGGGCCUGGCCGGCGCCGCGAGGCUGGAAACCACCGGGGCCGGGCCCUCCGAAGUCCACCCGGCCCUCCGCUGCCCUCCCUGGUCCGCCCGGUCCCGCUCACGCCUCCCUCUCUCGUCUACGUCUGCGACCCUGGACGAGUCCCUUGUUCUCUGUGCCUCAGGAGCCCUACGGGAUGGGUGUGGGUGCGCCAGUACGGGGGCUCUUCCCUCUGCCUGCCUGCGCCCUUUCCCUCCAUCUUGCAAUCCCUCCUCCCGCUCUGGGCACGCGUGGUCCAUGCCGAGCGGCCGAGAUGCCUCGGCUGCGCCUUCAGGGUGACGGAGUGGGAGACAGCUGCACCUGCAGUAGCAGAGACCCCCGACAUCAAGCUCUUUGGGAAGUGGAGCACUGAUGAUGUGCAGAUCAAUGGCAUUUCCCUGCAGGAUUACAUCGCAGUGAAGGAGAAGUAUGCCAAAUACCUGCCCCACAGUGCAGGGCGCUACGCGGCCAAGUGCUUCCACAAGGUGCAGUGCCCCAUCGUGGAGCACCUCACCAACGCCGUGGUGAUGCAUGGCCGCAACAAUGGCAAGAAGCUCGUGACUGUGCGCAUCGUCAAGCACGCCUUUGAGAGCAUCCAUUUGCUCACAGGUGAGAACCCCCUGCAGGUCCUGGUGAAUGCCAUCAUCAACAGUGGCCCCUGGGAGGACUCGACCCGCAUUGGGCGAGCUGGAACAGUGAGGCGGCAGGCCGUGGACGUGUCCCCGCUGCACCGUGUGAAUCAGGCCAUCUGGCUGCUGUGCACAGGUGCCUGUGAGGCCACCUUCGGGGACAUCAAGACCAUUGCCGAGUGCCUGGCAGACGAGCUCAUCAGCGCUGCCAAGGGCUCCUCCAGCUCCUACACUAUCAAGAAGAAGGAUGAGCUGGAACAUGUGGCCAAGUUCAACCGCUGAUUGCCUGGCCACAGCUGCAAUAAACCUGUUUGCCCUUUGGGGUGGCCCCCCCCCCCAAAAAAAAUGACCAGGAACCACCAGUCAUUCCAUCCUCUGUGGAUACCCUCUCAGGGGGUGAUUUGGGAAAUAAAGGAAACGUGAACAGCA